ACUAAAGAAGCUCUCUUCACAAUUCUCCAGGAUCUAAGGCCUGAAGACCACUUCAAUAUCAUUGGCUUUUCCAACCGAAUAAAGGUCUGGCAGCAGGACCGGCUGGUGCCAGUAACUCCAAAUAAUAUAAGAGAUGCCAAAAAGUACAUUCAUAACAUGUCGCCUACAGGAGGGACUAAUAUUAAUGGUGCUCUCCAAACUGGUGCAAAGCUGCUGAAUGAUUACAUUGCUCAGAAUGACAUUGAUGCCAGGAGCGUCUCUCUGAUCAUCUUCCUCACGGAUGGAAGGCCCACUGUUGGGGAAACGCAGUCGUCCAGAAUCCUCAGCAACACCAAGGAGGCCAUCCGUGACAAAUUCUGCCUCUUCACCAUUGGCAUAGGCAACGAUGUGGACCAUAAGCUGCUGGAGAGGAUGGCACUGGAGAACUGUGGCAUGACAAGGCAUUUCCAGGAGGAUGAGGAUGCAGCCAGCCACCUCAAAGGGUUCUAUGAUGAAAUUGGAACACCCCUUCUCUCUGACAUCCGUGUUGAUUACCCAGAAGACGAUGUGGAGCAGGUCACCCAGAACUUCUUCCCUAACUACUUCAAUGGCUCUGAAAUUAUAAUAGCUGGCAAACUCAUCAACCACUCCUCAGACAGCCUCCACGUGGAGGUGACCGCUAGCAACUCUAAGAAGUACAUUCUCCUCAAAACAGAUGUGGCCAUUGACCUUCCAGACAGGAAUGACAUCAGAGGUGUUCCCGGCCUGGAUGAUGGCAAAGGUGAUAAAAAUUACAUUGAGAGGGCAUGGAGUUACCUCACCAUCAAGGAAUUGCUUAAAUCCCGGCUGAAGAGUGAUGACAAUCAGGAAAAGGACAGCUUGAUGGAGAAGGCCAAGUCAAUGGCCCUGACUUACAAUUUUGUUACUCCCUUCACUGUUCUGAAGAUGAGAGAGGCUGGGCUCCACUCGAAACCACCUCAAGAGGAGUUUAUCAACCCUUCUACUGAUGGCAUUGGUGAAAAGUUGCAGAGCUUGCAGGGACACAAGGCACCACCAGGUAUACGCAGACAGCAAGAUAAACAAAGAAUUAAAAUCUCCAAAACUUCAGCGGAUGGAGACCCUCACUUUGUCAUUGAUUUUCCUUCUGGCAAGUUCUCUGUCUGCUUCAAUAUAGAUGGAGAACCAGGGGACAUCCUCCGCCUGGUCUCUGAUCAUAAGGAAUCUGGUGUAACUGUGAAUGGGCAAUUAAUUGGAGCUCCUGCACCACCCAACGGCCACAAGAAGCAUCGGACUUACUUCAGCACCAUCACGAUCCUCAGCAAUAAGCCAGAGAGGUCUUACCUAGAGAUCACACCCAAAAGAAUCAUUCUGGAUGAUGGAGAAAGACUUCUUUUGUCCUGUGGUCGGAGUGCUGUUGUGCGGAGCAGUAGCCUCGAGGUGUCCAUCUCUGCCAAUUCCAACAUCACUGUGACGAUAAGAGACACAAUCAGCUUUGUCAUCCUCAUCCACCACUACAAGAAGCCAGCCCCAUAUCAGAGGAAUCACCUGGGGUUCUACAUCUCCAACAGCAAAGGCCUCUCUUCUGACUCCCAUGGGCUACUGGGUCAGUUCUUGAACCACGAAGUUAAACUUCUUCAGGAAUCUCUAAAUGCAAGUCAUCAGCAGGUUGGUCAGAAUCAAACUGAAGCAUUAACGCCAAACCCUACGAAUACCCUGAAGGUGAAGGGACGGCUCGUUCCUGUUGUGUGGAAGCAGAGGAGGAUCUACAACGGCCAGCAGGAAGUCGACUGCUGGUUUGCCAAAAACAAUGCGGACAAACUGAUUGAUGGGAGCUAUAAAGACUAUUUGGCUUCUCAUCCUUUCGACACAGGGACCAGCUUUGAGACAACUAACAGCCUUUAAAACCAAUCAUAGCAAUGCGUUACAACAGCAUGCGUGACAGCAGUUCCCUUCUGAAGCCUCUAGAGCUACGCAACAACUUAGGAAUAUUUCUUUACUUUUUGGUGCCAAAGAAACCAAGGCUUUUUUUGCCCUUGGAAAUCAGCUGUCUCUCUUUCAUGCUAGAUGACCAUUGUUCAUCAAAUUCCUGA